CCUCAAUAUCCUUCUCUGUCUUGGCCAAAUCCAUCUUCCAUCCAGAACAGGCUGUCGAGUUCCGUUGCUUCGUCCGCUCGUCUUAUCGAGCAUUCUUCUUCCUCUUGCCCGCUCCGAAACGCUCACCAUGUCUGUCGCCGUGAGAUCGGCUAGACUGGCACGCAACACCUCUGCGUUGCGGCCAGGCUUAGUCGCCCGCACACGCUUUUCCGGAGCAUUAGGUCCAGCGUCAGCCGCAGACCUCCGAUGGAGUGGCGGAAGAGGCCUUCCAUCCCAUUUGCAGGCCAUCGCGAUUCUAAUCCCUCACCAACGUCUGUAUUCCACCGAGCCGACUACAUCUUCUACGUCCUCGGACUCUUUUCCUCCCCCGGGGUUCAACGCGGAACAAGCCAAAAAACCUCUUCCCUUGAAGCCGGCAAACGCGUCGCCGUCUCAUCCGAAGCCCGUCUCGGACAGCGCUAGUCAGUCGGCCGUCUCGAAGCCGGAGGCGUCGGCCGCGGCGCAGAAUGUAGCCGGCAAGAAUGCCAACGUAGGCGACGUUUCGAAGGCGCCCGCGGUGCAGGAAAAGAAGGUUCUGGAGGAGAAGAAAGAGGCCAAGAAAUUGACGCUUGGGCAGAAGAUCAAGAAAGAGGUUCAGCACUACUGGGAUGGAACUAAGCUCUUGGCUACAGAGGUUAGGAUCAGUACGAGGUUGGUAUUAAAGAUGGCUGCGGGGUACGAGCUCAGUCGCAGGGAGUCCCGACAGCUUAACCGAACUGUAAAGGACUUGGGCCGUCUGGUCCCAUUCUCCAUGUUCGUCAUUAUCCCCUUCGCUGAGUUGCUUCUCCCAGUUGCUUUGAAGUUGUUUCCAAACCUGUUGCCAAGUACCUAUGAGGGACAAAAGGCGCGGGAGACAAAGGCCCUGAGUCUCAGCUCAACCCGAAAGGAAGUUUCGAGCUUCCUCAGGAACACACUGAGAGAGACGGGUCUUCCCGUAACAGCAGCUACGGUAAAAAAUGAGGAGUUUGCAGAAUUCUUCAAGAAGAUCAGAAACACCGGUGAAACGCCAUCGACCGAUGACGUUAUCAGGGUCUGCAAGAUCUUCAAGGAUGACUUAACAUUGGACAACUUGUCCAGGCCCCAGCUGGUUGCCAUCUGCAAAUACAUGAAUCUGAAUUCAUUUGGGACGGACGCCAUGCUCCGGUACCAGAUUCGUCACCGUAUGCGCCAAAUCAAGCGGGAUGAUCGUGCUAUCUUCUAUGAGGGAGUCGACUCGCUGUCCGUCCCUGAGCUGCAAAUGGCGUGCGCUUCUCGUGGAAUCCGCACGCACGGAGUCUCACCAGCUCGUCUCCGUGAAGAUCUCUCGGCGUGGCUCGAGCUUCGUCUUAGAAGGGGCGUUCCCUCGACCCUCCUUGUCCUGAGCAAUGCGUAUAUGUAUGCGCAGGGUGGUAAGGACCCUGAAAUGUCCACACAGAUUGAAGCCCUGCAAGCUGUGCUCUCCAGCAUUCCAGAGGAGCUGUUCCAUGAGAUCGAGCUCGAGGUGCACAACGCCGAGGGCGCCGCUACCAACAAGCAGCGUCUAGAGGUCGUCAAGGAGCAACAAGAGCUCAUUGACGAGGAAAACGAGCAGAACAGCAAAAACGAAGAGACAGGAUUGGCGGCGCCCAAGGACACAGCGGACAUUGAUGAAACGGAAGAAGUCAAGGUCCAGCAAGCAGCCUUAGAGAACCACAAGCAGCAAUCCGCCGAAGCAAGUGAAGCCCAGAAGGAAGGUGAACAGGCAGCGACCGAACAAAAAGAGGCAGACACUGAGAAGAAGACGAAGGCCCAGGGUUCGGAAGAGGAAUACAGCUGA